GACAGUCAAAACAGGAGAGAAAACAGAGGUAGAAAAUACAGAGAGACAGUAACAGGGUGAGGCAGGGAGGGGUUUCAGGGAUAAGUGCAGACGGAUAAGAACUCGAUUAAAGACGGAGAAAUUUCAAUGAAGUCGUAAAGCGAGUGCUUGAGAGAAGGAAUGCUAUAGGCCGACUGUAAUUAAGGAGCUUUCCAGAGUGACAAAUGGGUGGGGUGUAAGUGGCCGCCCAGUAGCAGGAGAGACCACGGAACUGGCAGAUACCAGGAGUGCAGUGAGUACAAUAAGUUAAUGGAGACAAUCUCUGAAUGGGAUGAGAGCCUAUAAAUCAGAUUUUCUGGUGCAAGCAGUUGAUGAGACUAAGCCAUAAUACAGAAGUUCUUCAUGAAUUCUGGAAAUAAAGUGGAUCUUAAAAUUAAUAUUAUUGGCCCAAUGGGAACUGGAAAAACUUCUCUUCUAAAUCAGUAUGUACAUAAAUGGUUCUUGAAUGAUUACCAGAACACAUUGGGUGCCCAUCUCCUCUCUAAAAUCAUCCAGUUGGACAACACUAACUUGAACUUGCAGAUCUGGGAUACAGGUGGACAGGAACGAUUUCGGACUUUGGUUUCCACUUUCUACAAAGGCUCUGAUGGCUGCCUCCUAGUAUUUGAUGUCACUGAUGAAGAGAGUUUUUCUUGUCUUGAAUUCUGGAGAAAGGACUUUUUGGACAAAAUACCUCCUCCUGCAGCUGAUUUUCCCAUGAUUGUACUGGGAAAUAAGAUUGACCUGGAUGACAGACAGGUCUCCAAGGAAUCAGCGAUGACCUGGUGCAAAGGAAAAAACCUUUCCUAUUUAGAAGUCAGUGCCAAAAACAAUGUCAAUGUUGAACGUGCAUUCGAAAUGCUUGCCAAGAAAGCCUUAAUACACUACCAGGAGAGUAAAGAAAGCUGUCUGGGAGAAUCCAUAAAGCUGUAUCCCACAGAAGAUUCUAACAGUAACACAUGUUGCUAAAAUAAUGUUAGCUUCCUUGGUUUGCACAGAAUGUCUUGGAAAGUGGAUAAUUAUUAGAGUGAAUAGAGGCCCCAGAUAGUUCUAUGCAAGAUGUACACUUGGACAUUGCACAGUAAAGACCAGACGUAUUUGCCAGUGAUCAUAAUCCACAACCUUCAGAGGCCAGUAUAACACUGAGGAUGCUGGGUAGACUAUGUACUGUAUGUGCUCUCUAAGAUCCCAAAUAAAGCAACUGACAGCAACUGUUUUUUCCAGGAUCUGGAAUUGAAAACAAAUCCGAAUAUGCUCCAGCCUUUUUUUACUUUCUUUUCCUUUUAGGGGGUACUCAGCUCUUGCUUUUUGCUUUAAUUUGCACAACUCCUUUGUGGUACGAACAGUGCUGCAUAUUCAAAACAAAAUUGCAAUAAAUACAGAAUAUUUUUACACA